AUGACGCCCAGGCCCAGCCUUCGCCGCCGCCCCAGCUCGCCGGCGUCGGCGCCGCCGCUGAACGACGACGACCUCCUCUCCGAGAUCCUCCUCCGUCUCCCUCCGCAGCCGUCCUCCCUCCCACGCGCCUCCGUCGUUUGCAAGCGCUGGCGCGGCCUCGUCUCCGACCCCGGCUUCCUCAGUCGCUUCCGGAUCCACCACCGCCGCCACCCUCCCCUCCUCGGCUGCUUCGUCAAAAAUUCCGAUGAGCUCUACUUCGAGCCUACCCUGGAGCUCCCCAACCGUGUCCCGCGCGGCCGCUUCUCCCUGCAGAAUCUCCCCAGCGACAGCUUCCUGCUCCUCGGAUGCCGCCAUGGCCUCGUGCUAAUCUUCGAGUGGAGGAAGUUCCAGAUCCUGGUGUGGGACCCCGCCAACGGCGCCCAGCAAAGCAUUGCCUCCCCCCGGGGGUUUCACAUGGUGGAGACCCUGAUCCACCUCCAGGGGGCAGUGCUUCGUGCUGCCGCAGACGACCAGCACUUCCAGGUGUGUUUUGCAGGCUUGGAGAGAGGCUCCCAACGAAAUUAUGCGCGAGUGAUAGCCUGCGCUUACUCGUCCGAGACCGGCAGCUGGGGUAAUCUCGUCUCAACAGCAUUUCCAUCCGUGCCUUAUCUGCAUGUAGAUCCCACCAUCGUUUUCAUGGCCAAGCCCGGUGUGCUGGUUGGGGAUUUCCUUUACUGGGCGCUUACUGGGAAUUUUGUUCGAAUUAUCGAGUUUGAUCUGAAGAGGCAGAGCCUAGCUGUGAUAGGGAUCCCGGUGGAUAUGGAUUCUUGGAGAGAUCACGAGUACUCAGUUAUGCGAGCUGAUGAUGGUGGGCUUGGUUUCCUCUUUCUGUCAGACUUCAGUGCCCAAUUAUGGAAGAGGAAGACCGAUUGUGAUGGUGCUGCUCCAUGGGUGCUGGGAAGAACUAUUGAACUGGGCAAGCUACUUUCCCUAAAUUUACAUAGUGAGAGGGCGCCCCUGAGGAUUCUAGGAUAUGCUGAGGAAAAUAAUGUGGUGUUCUUGUCGACAGUUCACGGUGUCUUCAUGAUCCAGCUUGACCCAUUGCAGUCAAAUAAUGUGGUGUUCUUGUCGACAGUUCUCGGUGUCUCUCCUCUCUAUUAUCCAUUCGAGAGUAUCUAUACUGCAGGUAAUAGCAUUUACAUUGGAUAUAACAAAACCAGGUUAUUUUUCAGUAACUAG